AUGGUGACAUGCGAGCUGGACCAAGAUGUUUCCGGUGAGGUUUUGGGAUUUAAGCUGCCACCCUGGCAAUCCCUGGUACUCCACCGAGUGCUGCCAUCUUGUGGUGGCUUGUUGGUCUACCUCACUUUGAUGUGUUACGAUUUUGCUUUACUUUACGAACAUUAUCGGAAUAAUGAGAAACCAAUAGCUGCCCUUUGCACUAUAUUUAUAUUAUUUCCCGCUGUGAUAUCGCUGGUUUUCACAUUGGCGUCUCCUCCACCUGGUCUACAAACCGAGCUAACUGCUUACACGGUCAACUUGAAGAAAAAGGACAUAAAAUGGAUUAUAAGACAAUUCGCUAGCUGUAUCUUUUUCCCAGUUGCUGCUAUUGGAAGAUAUUGUUAUCUCAUUUUCUGGUGGAUAGAAGCAGUGUGUGCGUCAUGGGCUGAGGACGAGUCUAGAACCAAAGAGGCUUUAGGAAGAGCAAAAGUCCCGAGUUCCAUGGAACUGUAUUUGUUUCUGCAAGCCUUCAUGCACGCUGCACCACAUUCCAUCCUCAACAUCCUAGACCUGAUGUCUCAUUCCACUAAACCCGACUAUGACAAAGCUAUAAUGCAAGGAGUCAGCAUUGUGGUAUCAUGCAUGCGAAUGUCCAGUACUGCCACACUUUACAGGAGACAUGAAAGAGAGAAGUUGAAUGGCAAAAGAUAUCCGUGGAGAGAAACUUACCUUCAGUUGGAGUUUUUAAAUGUAUCUAUAAACACAGACAUGAAGAACAAAAGCGAGCCCGUAGAAGCUAUUUAUGAUACCAUCAAACCUGUUGAAUAUCAGGAAUCAACGAAUUUGGAAUUAGCUGAUACGCAAAACAGAGCGAUUAGUGACUUCAUAAAGUUUUCCCCGAGAAGUACUCUGCACGAAGUGAAUUACGAUGAUAUUUACACGGAUUCCGACUCGGGUUCUGACUAUUUACCUCCAGUGUCUCACCGUGAUAUGCAUCAGCCAUCAUCGACACCUGGUAGUGAUGACGAAUACGUCAGGCCGCUGUCUAUUAUCGAAAGAGUCGCUCCUCGAAGAGGUACCUCGACCUAUGUUAUAGAACAGGUUGAGAUAACUCCGCCGCCCGUCUUACCUGCUCCUAGACCAGGGUCUUUGGCCGUUUGGGCGGAGAAGAUUGUUGAAAACGCCGAAUCUAUACCUAGCUGGCUGUCCGCUCCCCACCGAAGCAAAUACUGCGACGAGGUUAUUCAGGAUGAACCAGACAUCCCGGUGCACGUACCGAGUACGCUAAAACGUGGUCUGGAACCACAAGAUGCGACUGCUGCUUUAGUUCAAUACUUAGGAUGGUACGCGUUCUUUGUAUCGCGUUUGCUCUCUAUUGCUGCUAUCAUAAACUGUUCCAUUGUAGCCGCUGUGAUACUAUUGUUUUCGCAUUACCAGGUGAUGUUGUUGUUUCUGAUAGUGCCCCAAGCGAGUACGGUGAGGCGAGGUUUUUAUAUAUUUCUUGCUUUCAUUUAUCUGUUCUGUUUGAUGGAGUUUAAGGUUCGUUUCCGUCACGUGAGAGUAUGGCACGUGUUUUGGGUGAUAACCUGCACCGUCGAGGCUAUAUUGUUUACGGGCUUGUGGGCAGGCUUAGGAAAUGACAUGACCGACUGGUGGAAACACUAUUUGAUUAAAGUUAUAUUCAUAAGCCUGUUGUUAAGUUAUAUGUGUUUUAUGGUAUAUUUCGUUUUGUUACAACCGAAAGAGACCAUGGUUUAUAUCGACAGAAAAGGAAUAAGGAAUGUUUAA